CGUUUCUCCUUUUACCUUAACCUGCACACCAACCGUAUCCCUAACCCAAACCAGUUGUCUUCUGGGGUGUUUAACCUGACCCCAUCCAGUUAUUUCUGCUACGCCUUCAUCCGUAACCCCCCAAACCGCGGAGGUGGUGCGACGGGAAACCCAAUUUUAACAGCAGGGGAACAUUAUUCGGGGAGGGGGGGCACAACACCUAUUUCUGUUCAGUAGGGCGGACGAAGCUGCGGCAGGGAUUGUUGGCCUGCCAUUUUCCCCCUUUUUUAAUUUUUGCUAACUAUCGUUAGUACAGUAUGUGCCCUUGUGGCUGUAAACGCCUCUCUCCGUCUCUCUCUCUCUCUCUCUCUCUCUCUCUGUCUCUGCCUUGUUGUGAGUCGUGACAAAGAAGGAAGAGCUAACAUUAGCAGCUUCUCUCAUACCAGAUCGGAUCGUUUAUUGACAGGCACAGUUUGACCGGAUCACUGUGACUUCACAUAAGCAGACUUUUGGAACAAGUUAUUGGUGGAUAACUUGAACAUACAAUAUCUGUUGCUGCAGCGCCGUGGGCACCAAGAGGAAUAUUCAGAAUAACCAUGAACGGCCACGAGUCAGACGUGAACACCAUCUCUCCGGAGCUGCCGGCGAUGUUUGACGGCAUGAAGUUGGCGGCGGUCGCCACGGUGCUCUACAUCAUCGUGCGCUGCCUGAACCUCAAGAGCCCCACCGCACCCCCAGAUCUAACCUACCAGGACACGCCCCUCAACCUCUUCCUGCUCAAGUCCUGUCCUCAGCUGACCAAAGAGUACAUUCCUCCCUUGCUGUGGGGCAAGAGCGGUCACCUCCAGACGGCCUUGUACGGGAAACUCGGUCGGGUGAGCUCACCUCAUCCCUGUGGAAUCAGGAAAUACUUACCCAUGCAAGAUGGGGCCACUUCGACCUUUGACCUCUUUGAGCCACUGGGGGACCAUCGAACAGGAGAUGACAUCACCAUGGUGAUAUGCCCGGGUAUUGGUAACCAUAGUGAGAAGCAUUACAUCCGAACCUUUGUGGAUUAUGCCCAGAAGGAAGGUUACCGCUGUGCUGUGCUGAACCACCUAGGAGCUCUCCCCAACAUUGAGCUUACCUCUCCACGCAUGUUUACUUAUGGGUGCACAUGGGAGUUUGCCGCCAUGGUCGGGUACAUUAAGCGGACGUACCCUCAGACCCAGCUGAUCGUGGUUGGCUUCAGUCUGGGUGGAAACAUCGUCUGUAAAUUCCUGGGCGAGAACAUGACAAACCAGGACAGAGUGCUGUGUUGUGUCAGCGUCUGUCAGGGCUACAGCGCUCUCAGGGCCCAGGAAACAUUCCUACAGUGGGACCAGUUCAGACGCUUCUAUAACUUUCUCAUGGCAGACAACAUGAAGAAAAUCAUCCUCUCACACAAACACAGUCUGUUUGGGGGAGGCUCAGCUAAAAUGAUCGAUGCAGAUUUCAGUCGGCUUUACACAGCGACGUCCAUGAUGCAUAUUGACGACAACAUCAUGAGAAAAUUCCAUGGCCACAGUUCUCUCAAAGAGUACUAUGAGAAGGAGAGUUGUGUACAUUAUAUUCACAAUGUAAAUGUGCCACUGCUGCUAGUCAACUCUGCAGAUGAUCCUCUGGUUCAUGAUUCGCUGCUCAACAUCCCUCGCACAUUAGCAGCAAAGAAGCCGAAUGUGAUCUUUGCCCUGACGUUACACGGAGGCCACCUGGGCUUCUUCAAGGGCGCGGUGCUCUUCCCUCAACCCCUCACCUGGAUGGACAAAGUGAUUGUGGGCUAUGCCAACGCCAUGUGCCAGUGGGAGAAACAGAAACCACCGUGCCAAAGUGGCCAUAUGAGUGAGAGCUCCUGCGCCGGGGAAAAAGCUUAAACCUGUGACCUCUGUGUCUCUCUCUCACCCUGUCUCUUCCUUCUCACCUUUCACCCCCCCCCCCCCCUCCCCCCACCCCGACACACCACUGUCCCAGCACUGAGGAGGCACCUGAACCAAACCUGAAACUGCUCUCUCUUCUCUGCCUUCUCCUCUGGUGCUACUUACUGUUACUGACCCCCUCCCCCCCUCCGCCCUCCUCGCGUUCCCACUCACACGUCUCCAUGCCUUCACCACAGUUACCCUUUGUAAACACCAUCACCUUACAGUAUGUGAAGGAACAAAAACAACUAACUGCCUUUUGUGCUCUUUUCCGUUACGAGGACUUUGAAUUCAGAGCAGGAACAUUUUUGUUUCUCUUCGCGUACACAACAAUGAUCCUAAUGGCUAAUGGAGGCGUUGACCAAAUAUGACGAGAAAAGGAAAGCGAGAGCACCACUUUAGAGUAGACCAGUGAAAAAUAAGAGCACACAAGAAGCCUCCGAGUAAACAAGGACUGUGCUGCAGUUGGUGCCCAUUUACUGCACCUGUAAGAAGCUCACUUUUUAUCACCGCCAAGGCCAUAUAGCCUAGUCUGCUGUCUUAACCAACACAGCGUCUUUGUAGUAUGUAUGUAACUCACAGAUGUAGUGUGUAUGUCUGCGUGCGCCUGUGUAGACCGAGAGUAAAAAGACCCACGACGGAGCAUGUGAUCUUUGUGUUUGGUCGGUGUGAACCAAAUCCUCUGUUCACGGUCUGUUGGCCCUUAUAUGUUCUUUUUGGGUUGCUCUUGUUGUUUGUAGAAAAUGUACAGUAGAAAUGAUUAAAUAGUGGGAUUUUUUUCACAUUAUUUCCAGCUCAUAACAUCAUUCUGGCGCUUACAUUUGGCACUUCAGUGUUACUCAGAAAGAAAGAGUUCAUUGCUUACCAGACGUGAGCAGGAAUCAAUCCCAGAUGGGGACCCAUGCACAUUCCCACAUUCACAUUCUAUCACUUUGAUUCAGUGCACUUUACACUCUGUAUGCUACAAUCUUUAUUUCCCUCAUUAGUCGAAGAGAGUGUGGAGAUUAGUGUUGGUUUAGCUCUCCCUGUGACUGAGAGGAAGAAUCGGAGGGAGCGAGGAUGAUAACAAAACGUUAGAUGACUCAAAUGUUCCCCGUCUUGUCGUUUUCUUUGAGCCCUCUUACUCAUUCGUCUGCCUUUGAUCAGCUGCAGGUCCAGCCGAGACUCUGAUAUCCUUCUUUUACUGUGCAGACACAGACCUACUGCCGGCGCACGGAGGCUAGAACUCAACCCUGUAAACUUCCUCAUGUGGUGAAAACAUCUCUGUACACUUUUUUUUUUUUUUUUUUUUCUGACAGAUGAUCCUGUUGUUUCGGAUUUUAAAAAUGCAGUCUACUGAUUAAUCGGUGUGGUGCUGUGAAAGGGAGAGUUCAGCAGAUUUUUUCUGUUUGAUAAUCUGAGCUGUGAGGUGUGAUGAGUAGGAGGGCUAAACCAAUACCGAUGCUAAACCAAAUGUUUAUUUUGUGGAUUGUUUGUAGAAUACUGGUGAUUGUUAUAUUGUAAUAUUAGAUGGGGAACAGUGCAUGCAUGAGAGAAGAGACCGAUUUUUUUUUUUUUUUUUUUUUUUUAAAGGGAGGGAACGUUUUUCUUUCAAAGACUGCUUUGAAAAGCUUUUUCCUUUUUUCUUGACUGGACUGAGCGUUAAAGCUUUUGGUGUUCAGAAGAGUGCUGGAAUGCAGCAGUGUGGACUGAAAAUGUAUCACAAACCUGUCUUGAUGAAAUAAUACUGCAGUACUGGGACUUUCAAAACCUGAAUUUAAUUGAGAAUUUGUUGCUAAAUUGCGGUAAGGGCUAAGGAAGGUUCUUCCAAGGAAAAGUCCAGCCAAGUAAUCUGUAGUCGAAAAACUGCUAAUGAACACUGAUGAGACAGAUGGGUGGUUUGAAAUGAUGAAGGGAUCUGACAACAGUCCAUUUGUAAGGCUGUUUAAGCCAGUGUUUGUUGUGUUAUAAGACCUGGGCUGAUUAGUAUUUGUCAGUAAUACUAUUUGCCUUAAAUUUGGCACAUCUGGACAAUUCAUACUCCAGUUUUCUUUUAAACUUAACUGGAUUUAACUGUAAGGUGCAACUUUAAGGCUAAAGAAUAAUUAUUCUGAGUGUUAAAGUUCAUUCUUGAAAGUUUUUUUUUUGUCAAAGAAUAAUGCUGUAAUAGUGACUCUGAUCACUACUGAAAUUAAAUUAUUAUUCUUUGGCCCAGUUUCCAUUUCUCAGUUUAUGGAGAUAUAAUGGUUGUAAACUUAACCCCCUUCAGUGGAGUUUAUUAUUUACAAAUACUAUGAAAUCCAGGUGUUAAUCUCACAAACGCUGGCUUGGUUAAUACUGAAAAUAAGGAUGUACCGAUCUGAGUUUUCUUCUCCUGAUAUUGAUUCUUAAACUCAGGGUAUCUGCUAAUACCAGUGCUCCCUUUUCCCCUCAUUUAAUAUCUGCAUACCUCACUUUUCAUGUACUGUAAAAUAAAAUGAAACAAGGGAUUACUGUAGUGAUAAGAACUAAUGACACUGAUAGUGGAAACACUGAAUUUUAUAACACUUGACAAAGGAAUUAUUUAAUCUGGAUCUGUAACAUCACAGCGGAUCCCAGAUCCACUUUAUUUAAGGUCGGUAUCAACAACAAUGUGAUCCGGUGUGUAAGGUCGGUGCAUCUCUAACUGAAAGGUGAGGAUACGCCGUCCGAGCCACCACCCUCUUUGCCUCUGAAUACUGUCAUCCUGCAUUUUUCAAACCACAAAUCACUGUUGCCAUCUGUUGUCAGGGAGACCGAACUACAACUGCCAGUUUUAUGGCACACAUCCUCUCAUUCACCUGCAGUCAGAUGAUGCGGUUAAAAACCUGAACCGUGGUUAAAAACUAGAUGAAUAUUGAUGACACCAGCACAAACCCAGUUUCUGCAGUAACGCCACGAGAGCCAUUUGUGUUCUUUAAGAUUUUUGCCUCCUCCAUUUUUGCACAGAAAUGCAGGUUUGGAUGUAUUAUUUGGAUGUAUUUUUUCUAGUCGAUUAUUUUGUUUAUUUUUUUUUGUAUUUGUACUUAUUGUUAUUAUGACGACUUGUGUUAUUUGCUUGUGCAAAUGCAUCAGAGUGUGUGUGUGUUGAUGAGUAAACAUAUACACUGUGUCAUAUCACCACCUCUGAUUGACUAAAAAACCAAAUCUUCUUCACUUUAACAAAUGAAAAUGCUAAAGAAAUAUAUAAAGAUAGUGUAUAUUCAAAAUUUUUUGAGGGACCAGGGAUGAAAAAUAAAGGCAAUAACCAACCAGGAGGGAUUCUCUUAUCAUUUUAAUGCUAACAUGACAGGAAGUCAUGUCAAAGUAUAGUCAUAUGCAUUAAGAUCAUUUUCUUGAGGAGUGUGGGAUCUGAAAUGUUGUUUUACUGUGUUUGAUAUGAGAAUGUGUUCCUCUGUAUUUAUCCUUACCCCAGUACUUCAAGCAUCCUGUUUAUUUCAAGAUUGUGGGCUCGUGUUUAAUUGCUGGGAAACUGAAGAAUUCAGUUAUAAACCUCCUCCUUUAAUGUAAAUGAAUCUAUAAAUACACCUCGGAUUGGAUCUUCUAAAAGUAUCUGAAAUCUUACAAACCUAAGCACGUGGAUUAGAGCCCACAUGAGUAAAAAAAAACUUUGUUAACUUACAGUAACUUUAUAAAGCUUUACUUUUGUGUUUACAAAUAUUUUGAUGAUGAAACACGGUUAAAGGAUGCGGUGAUGACGAGAAGGGGCGCACAGUCACACAACAUGAUGUACUCUGAACGCUGGAUGUUUUUUUUUUUUUUGUUAAAAAGAAACCAGUGGUGUGUGUGAUCUAAUUAUGUGAGGAAAUAUGGUUAUUGUGUUCCAAAAUAAAUUAUUUUCUCAAAAGAAGAAA